GUAUAUUCUCUAUCUAAGCGUUAUAACACACCCGUGCGCGUGUGUGUGUUGGGCGAAUAAAUUCAGCUCUCCAUCUUUUCUGGUUGUUCAGUCGCUUUCUGCUUUUAAUCUGUCAACAGCGGACAGUUUUAAGUCGAGAUGCUUAAAGCCAUCGGUCAAACUCUGUUUUCUACUGGACUCCAAAACCCCAAAUACACAGCUCAGGAGAGUAAGGGUGAUGACUAUGAAGUCCGCACCUAUCAAGCAACAAACUGGGUAAGCACAGUUGUGACUGGCAUGGAGCAGGACCAAGCCAUGAGCACAGGCUUUAGAAGACUCUUCAAAUACAUUCAGGGCAGUAAUGAAAAGAAGAGUAAGGUGGAGAUGACGACACCGGUGAGUUGUUUGAUUGACCCUGGAGCGGGACCUGCAUGUGAAAGCACCUUCACUGUGUCCUUUUACAUCCCUGAGGAACAUCAAGCUGACCCUCCCAAACCCACUGACCCAGAUGUUUUUAUCGAGAGCAGAAAAGAGCUCACUGCGUUCGUCAGGACCUUUGGUGGCUUUGCUAACAGUGAGAGCUGCCGUGAGGAGAUUCUCAAACUCAUAGAAAGCCUCAAGAGGGAUGGCAUGAAAUUUAAAGAGGCACCAUAUUACCGAGCAGGAUACGACAGUCCCUUCAAACUCACCGGCCGUAGGAAUGAAGUCUGGCUCAUCAAAGAUGAGGAGUAAAUCUCCUAUUGAUCAAAUGGUCAUCUCGCCUUAUGAUGUGAAUGAAGGUCAAUUUGUCUGUCUGAACUUGAAUUUCCUCAUCAUUUACUCACACUCAAGUGGCUCUAACCAUUGAUGAAUGUCUUUCUUCAGUUGGACACAAAACAAGCUAUUCUGAAAAACCAACAGACAUCCAGAGUAGGAACAAAAAUAUACUAUGGAUGUCAAUGGGUGCUACCUUCCAACAUUUUUCAAAAUAUCUCCUUUUGUGUUCAACAGAAGACAGAAAGUCAGGUUUGGAACAAAUGUGGAAUGAAUAAAUGAUGACAGAAUUGAACUGUCCUUCUAACAAUAGUUAAUAUCAUGUUGAUGCAUGUUUAUUUUGUGCCGUAGGUGCCUGGAUGUUUUUAUAUGACAAUUAACACUGUGUUGAUUACAUAAGUGACCAAUAUAUAUUUACAUCAGCAUUACCACUUUAUUGGGGCUAAAAUUAACCAUGAACUCAUGCCAAAAGCAUGUUGAAAUGAUUUCUAAUAGACCAUCAGACUGAAUUAUUGCUUUAAUCCAGCUGUUUGCAGUGGAAAAAAAUGUUGGUCGUCUGACCUUUUUGUUACUAAUAAUGUAUGGAUGCACAGAUAAUGCUUGUUUAAAGUACUUCAUGUUCAUGACAUGACUGAAUUACUGACACUUUUCAUGCUUUGAAAUGUAAAUGCAUAAUUUUACCUGGUCAUACAAUGCACUAAGUGUUGAAAUUAAAAAUAUAAGGGAACAAUA